AUGAGCAAGAUGAAUAAAAAUAAACUGAUUCAUGAUUUGCUGGAAGUAGUUUCAAGAGGUGAUGUGGAACUCAUCUGUGACCAUAUUACUAAAGUCCAUUCCAUUCUUGGAAACCUUGACUUUCAGCAUCCAAAGACUGGGAAUACACCUCUCAUUACUGCAGCAGAAGAGAAUCUAACAGAGGUUGUUGAGUUUCUUCUGGAAAAGGGAGCAGAUAUCACCCUUUGCAAUUACGACAAUCGAACCGCGGUCCAUGUGGCUAAUUGUGAUGUCCAAAGGCAGCUCUUGGCCACCAAUGGAAUCCCGGCUUCCCAGAUGCAACUUCUACGAAGUUCAUGGCAAGGUGAUCUUGAACAGCUUCAGGAACUGUUGGCAUCAGAAGAGUUCCUGGACGUAAAUUUCCCAAACCAGCAUGGCCUGACCCCUCUGAUGCUGGCUGUGAGAGACGUAGACCUGUUUGAGACUCUUGAGAUGUCAACAGCCUACAGACCCGCGGAGGUUCUGGCUGAGCUCCUCAGGCACCGCGCAGAUCCUAAGCUCUGUGAUUUUAGUGGAAAAUCAGCAAUACAUUAUGUGUCACAAAUAAAGAGUUUUAAGAAACAGCAGUUAUUGGACAUUCUAAUGAAUUCUAUGCCAAAACCAGACGAACAUGCUGAAUCAUUGCUUGACAUUUGUCAUGAUACAAACUCUUCUCCAACCAAUAUGACAGUUACCCAAAACCAAAAUAUACUCUUGCAAAGCGUCAGCAGCAGUGAGGAGUUUGACCAAGAUGAUGGCUGUAGUCAUUCCAUAUUGGUUAAAGAAGGAGGAGAUCCGAGUGGUGAUGGACGAGAUUGGCAACCCAGGACAGAAGAGUUUUCUGCCUCUGAUAAGAACUACAGCAGCCGAAGAAUUGAGUUCCCUCUGCCACCAUUGUCAUUCUUGCCCACAAGACCUGGUCUUCUUACUAUCCCCCCAAAUCACAAGUAUCAAAAAGAGAGAGAGAAAAAUCUUGUAUCUUUUGAACCUAAGCCCUCUGAGCCUGUUAGUCGAUCCGAUGAGUUAAGGCCACCAAACAAGCAACUGGACGCCUUAUUCAAGGCGUCUGUGGAUCAGACUCUUGGGUCCUCCAAUAGCUCUAUUUGGUCCAGAAACAUGUGCUCUUUUUGGAAGGCUAACCAUCACAGACAACACCUGAAGAUGGAGGAGAAUGGGAAACUGAAGGAAACAGAAGGAUGUGACAAAAUUCAAACCUCUCACUUUGAAAAAAGGCAGUCUUCGGUAUCCUUUGAGAAUUUGAAGGAAGGCAACUUUCCUGCAGACAGGGAAGUGGAUAUGGACUGCCCUGGCAGUGAAAUGAGAAAAGCAGAAGAGAACUCUCAAUGUCUUUCAUCGGGGAAGAUAGAGGGUUCCGUAGCCAGAAACUAUGAACAAAAUUCAGACGUUGGAUGUACCAUGCCAAUCAAGUCCCAAGAAGCCCAGCAUUCAGAAACAACUCUAAGCAAGGAUAAAGGGACUAGAAAUGAUAAAGACGAUUCAAAAAGCGCUUCAGUGCAUAAAGGUGAACUAAUUGAACCAAACCAUAUUUUAGAGGAAUUUACUGUACUUAAAAGUGUGUACAGUGUAAUUCCUGACAGCCCCAUUGAAAGGCUGCUGGAAGAUCAUAACAACAUGGAGACACAUACAAAAAUAUCAAUAGCAGAGGCAAGCAAAUCAGAAAUGAAUGGGGUAUUGCCUCUUAUCCACAUCACUUUCCCUGGAGAUGAGACUCCCAAGGAACCAGCCGUAGCCAAGCCAAGCCUCCAAAAAAGAAAGGGCGCCCUUCAUAACAACAGCUUCAACAUACGUGCACACCAAGAAAAUGACAGGCGUACGAUGAAAACCCAUAGAAAUAAGUUCGAUCCAAAAACCAAGACCAGUAACCGGACACCUCAGAAUGUCAUGAUUUCCAUUGAUGGUCCCAUGAAGCCUACCGUGCAUAAAACCAGCAUAAAAACUCAAGUUUUCCCUUCUUUGGGGCUUGUUGAGCCCAGACCUCGGCCAUCACCCAAGUUUCAAAGGAGAAUGCCUCAGACAGAAAAGAAGCAAUCAACUUACUGGGCUCUGAAACCUAAAAAGCAAACAUUUCCUUGCAUCUGUAAAAAUCCAGGAAUAAAAAAGUCUUUAGCUCCUAUCCCUGUUCAACCAAUAGAGCCGAGACUAAAUUACCUAGAUCUUAAGUAUAGUGACAUGUUCAAAGAAAUCAACUCAACUGCUAAUGGACCUGGAAUCUAUGAAAUGUUUGGGACCCCAGUUUAUUGUCACAUGAGAGAGGCUGAACGGCAUGAAAACAAAUAUUACCGAGAGAUAUGCUCAGCUCCGUCAGGCAGAUGUAUCAACGGUAAAUGUAGAUCUUCACACGGUGAGAGGAGCAGCAAUAGCAGAACAAGGUUUUCUCAGAAAAGACAACAUGCUAAACCCCCAAAGGCGUUGCUUGGAAUUAGAAACAGGCACAAAAGUUUAAUUUCCAAAGAAAAGGGUUGCGAGGCUGUAGGUAGCAAACUACAAGACACUGAAAAUGGUGGUGGAAUUUCAGAACCAGAGCGGCAGGUGAAGUCUUUGGGAAAUGACUUCCUGUCUUCCAAAGACGAAAUUCAGCCCAUGAACUUUACUCAGACUCAUGAACAGUCCACUGAACAGAACAAAUUCCUUCCUGUCUCAGAUUUGUCCAUUGUUGAAGAAGUCUCUAUGGAAGAGUCCACCGAUGAAGGAGACAUUUCUAACGAUCAAAUUCUUCCCACAAGCCUCAGAGAUCUGCAUGAACUUGAAGAGCUACAUCACCAGACCCCCCUUUUCCUUUCAGAAUACAGCAGGGCAGUGACCAGUGAGAAGAGUUUCAACAAACAUGUACCACAAGAAAAGCAGAAUCUAGCAUCUCUUGGUAAAAUAAUUGCCAACCAAAUCUUGACGAAUGAUGUAGAGUUUGACAGUUUGACAGAUACAUCUAAAACACUUAUGAAUCUCUCUUUCCAAGACACACAAGGAAGUGCAUCUUCUCAAACAUAUCAACAUUGGGCAUAUUCUUUGGAUCAUGAUAGUUUAGCUAAUAAGUCAAUUACACACCAAACAUUUGAAAAAACUUUAAAUGAUGCAAAUUCAAUUUCCCAAGAAAAUCUCGACUCUAUAAAGAACCCAGAAUUGACAGAUGAACUAUUAGGUUGUCUAGCUGAAAAACUACUAGCUCUUGAUGAGAAAGAUAGCAACGCUUGUCAGAUAGUGGCAAAUGAAACAGAUCCUGAAAACAUAAACCUCAUCUUCAGUAGGAGAGGAAAUACCAUGCAAGAGUUGGGUGGAGAGACAACCAAGGUCAAAAUACAGAGGCAUAGUAAUGGGUUAGGAUUAUAUGACGAGGAUAAAUUUCUCAAUGAAAAGAAGAUAUUUUCUGAAAAUAGUUUAAAGUAUGAAGAAGCCAUCCUGUGGACCAAGGGUGAGAUCCUUGGGAAGGGAGCCUACGGCACAGUAUAUUGUGGUCUAACUAGCCAAGGAGAGCUAAUAGCUGUAAAACAGGUGGCUUUGGAUACCUCUGAUAAAUUAUCUACUGAAAGAGAAUACCGGAAACUGCAGGAAGAAGUGGAUUUGCUCAAAGCGCUGAAACAUGUCAACAUUGUGGCCUACUUGGGGACAUGCUUGGAAAAAAACACCGUGAGCAUUUUCAUGGAGUUUGUUCCUGGUGGCUCAAUCUCUAGUAUUAUCAACCGUUUUGGGCCAUUGCCUGAGAUGGUGUUCUGUAAAUACACAGAACAAAUUCUGCAAGGUGUUGCUUAUCUCCACGAGAACUGCGUGGUGCAUCGAGAUAUCAAAGGAAAUAAUGUUAUGCUCAUGCCUACUGGAAUAAUAAAACUGAUCGACUUUGGCUGUGCCAAACGUUUGGCCUGGGCUGGCGUAAAUGGCACUCACAGUGACAUGCUUAAGUCCAUGCAUGGGACUCCCUAUUGGAUGGCCCCAGAGGUCAUCAAUGAGUCUGGCUAUGGGAGGAAGUCGGACAUCUGGAGUGUGGGCUGCACUGUGUUUGAGAUGGCCACAGGCAAGCCUCCGCUGGCAUCCAUGGACCGGGUGGCAGCCAUGUUCUACAUUGGCGCACACCGGGGGCUGAUGCCACCCUUACCUGAACACUUCUCAGAAAACGCAGCGGACUUUGUGCGCGUGUGCCUCACCAGGGACCAGCACGAGCGCCCCUCUGCUGUUCAGCUCCUGAAGCACUCCUUCUUGAAGAGAAGUUACUGA